AUGCCGCUGCUUCAAGAAAAUACCCCGAAACGAGAUUUUCUGUCUUCCAGAGACAUGAAGGUAGACGAAGACCCCUCCAUCAAACCCCACCAAAGCAGCUACGGGUACCCAACAUUCCCGAACCCCGCUAUGUUUACCCCAUCGCAAAUCCUGAUGGCUAGUCAACUAAUGGCUGCUUCCGGUUUAUCGAUAUCCGGAAAUCCCGCCUUUUUCCAUCCCGGAUUAAUGCCCAUCGCGUGGGCAGCUAAUUCCCCGCCUGCCAAUUCCCCACCCUCCCCUCCAACUAGUAACGAACCACUAUCACCCGCCAUGCAUUCCAGGAAAAUUAGUAAUAACAAUAACAUUGUUAGUAGCAGUACAAUGACAGAUAUUAGGAAGAGGAAAUAUAAAAUCGAAGAGGAACCAACCAGUCUUCCUUUACCUUCGCCUACGUCUAGUGUGUCACCUCCAUCUGGAUCCGAUAUCAAGGAUCCUAAUAGGGAUAAGCAGUUCACGUGUGGAGUGGCUCUUCCGGAACAGACGGAACCCGAGGACUUAAGUAUGUCUACGGGCCUCCACUCCAACAGUUCUGGGAGUGGAGGUUCCCCAUUAAGAAGUCCCAGUUUGAAGGAAGAAGAGGAAGAUAUCGAAUCAACUGCGAUAUUUCUGCAAAGAAGGCCAAUGAGUAGAACCUAG